AUGGGUCAAAGCAGGACGCCACUAGCUCGAGAACUAUACUGUCGUGGAAUCCAGGUGAGCCCAUGGACUGGGGCCUUAAGGAACGCAACUGGACUAAACAAUGCUAAGCAAGGCCCCAUGGUCUUUGCAAGCGGCACGGGUGCAAAUGACUACUUACUGAAAGCGGAUAUGGCCGAGGUGAAACCACUGACAAACAACUUUGUUGGAAGACACGCAUCCUCCAUAACUCUGAAUUUGCUGCACCCGGAGGGGGAGGAAAGCAAAGCUAAACGGCCAGCAUCGGCGUGGACUCGAACCUACAGCGGGUGGACAAGCAGAAUAACUGGAGCCCGUCAUCCACCAGUCAGAGGAAGAGGUGCCGGGAAGAGGACCGCAUGGCUGCAGUGUGAUGGCACUCGACCACUGAGCAUCGACCAUGGCGCUGAAGAUGUGGAGAUGAGGGAGAGAGAUUUGGAGAUGGACGCCUUGACCUCCCCGGGGAUCGGAUGGCGGCAGGCUGACCGACGCGGAGUUCUGGCCGGGCUUCUCCUCACCAGCUAUUCUACUCUCAGUAAGAUUCCCAGCUCAAGAUCCCAGAUCAUUUCUGUGCUUGAUCUUUGCCACCAGGGGUUUGACUGCGAGUCAAUGCAGCGAUCGAUCAACAACCAGCAGCAUGAUCUGGUGUUCUUGCAGAACAUCGAGACAGCACAAAACCAACAUCCUCCGAACCAUGGAUGCAACCCGACCCACCAACAAUGUCGUGUUGACUGA